GCUUCCGCCUCUCCGCCUCCGCCGCCAUGGCCGCCCCAGCCCCGGGCCUCAUCUCGGUCUUCUCCAACCCGCAGGAGCUGGGCGCGUCACUGGCGCAGCUGGUGGCGCAGCGGGCAGCGUGCUGCCUGGAAGGAGCCCGCGGCCGCUUCUCAAUUGGCCUGUCAGGCGGUAGCCUGGUCUCCAUGCUGGCUCGUGACCUGCCCCCCGCCGCCGCCGCCGCCGGGCCCGCCAGCCUCGCACGCUGGACCGUGGGCUUCUGCGACGAACGCCUCGUGCCCUUCGAACACGCAGAGAGCACGUACGGCCUUUACCGGACUCACCUAUUCUCGAAGCUGCCAGUCCCCGACAGCCAGGUGAUCACCAUCAACCCCACACUGCCUGUAUCUGACGCAGCUGAGGACUACGCCAAGAAGCUGAGGCAGGCCUUCCAAGGAGACGCUAUUCCUGUGUUCGACCUGCUGAUCCUGGGGGUGGGCCCAGAUGGCCACACCUGCUCACUGUUCCCCGGUCACCCACUCCUGCAGGAGCGAGAGAAGAUUGUGGCUCCCAUCAGUGACUCCCCGAAGCCACCACCUGAGCGAGUGACCCUGACACUCCCUGUGCUGAACGCAGCUCGAACGGUCAUCUUUGUGGCCACAGGAGAAGGGAAGGCAGCUGUUCUAAAGCGCCUCCUGGAGGACAAAGAGGACAGCCCGCUGCCUGCUGCCCUAGUCCAGCCACACACCGGGAAGCUCUGCUGGUUCCUGGAUGAGUCAGCCGCCCGGCUCCUCACACUGCCCUUCGAGAAGCAUUCCACAUUGUAGCCAGCCAGAAGGACUCCACAGAUGGGACCUGGGGGACCUGGGGCCUUCUGGGGCUGGGCCUCUCCUGGAUACCGCACCCUGGGCUUUCUCAUUCCUGAAAGGCUGUGUGGGGCUGCAGGAAGCUAAUAGUGGUUGCCAGCCCUGCCUGUCCCAGCACAGCCUGCAGGCCCAGCCCUGGCCACUGGGAUACUACAGGAGUAAUUAUGGAAGUCUGUGGUCCCUGGUUUUGAUGCCCAGGGUGGGUUCUGGCCUACAGCCCUUUCUCUGAAGAAGGUGAUGUUGUUCUCCAUGGGCCUCGAGCUCAGUGCAGAACACCUGCUUUGCAUGCUUGAGACCAAGGCUUUGAUCCCCAGAAUGUCCAAUAAAAAAUUACCAAAAAAAAUGGUCUGUAU